AUGACCUCUUCGCUGCUACUCAUAGCGUUCACGGCGAUCACAGGAUACAUCGGACUGCGUUUCGUGCGCGGGCUUUUUAUCCCCAGACCUCAACUUGAGCAACUUCCCGGACCGGAGUCUGUAUCAUGGGUCACAGGUAACAUCGGCAAACUAUUUCAAUGCGACGCCUGGGAUUACGUUCGAGGCCUAUCGGAGGCAUAUGGCCCAACGUGCCUCAUCCACAGCCUCUUUGGAGCAAAGGGACUCCUGACGUACGACCCGAAGGCAAUGCACACCAUUUACAUCAAAAAUCAAGACAUCUGGUCGAGGAGCGACGUGUCGAUAGAGGCUGGUUUGGCCCUCUUCGGUCCGGGGCUGCUCUCAACACAAGGCGAGACACACCGGCGCCAGCGCAAGAUGCUCAACCCCGUCUUCUCCGCGAAGUACAUGCGCGAAAUCACGCCCUUCUUCUACCAGAUCGUCCGCAAGCUGGAAUCCGCGAUGGCCACGCGCGUCCGCGCCGGGCAAGAGGAGCUCGACGUCGCGGGCUGGAUGGGGCGCGCCGCGCUCGAGCUCGUCGGCCAGGGUGCGCUCGGGCACAGCUUCGACCCGCUCGUGGAGGACUCGAAAGACGAGUUCACGGAAAACGUCAAGUCGUUCUUCCCGUCGACCGCCGACGUCACGUACGGUUUCGCGCUCCUUACACUCGUCAAGGACGUCCGGGGCCCGUCGUGGCUGCGCAGGCUUGUCGUGCGACUCUGGCCGGACCCGGCGGUGCAAAGCGUGCGGCGCAAGGUGGAGAUCAUCUACGCGUUUGCGAAGAGGCUGGUUGCGGAGAAGAAGAAGGCGAUCGAGCGGGGAGACGAGGCGCUUUUGCACCAGAUUGGGGAGGGCAAGGACGUCAUGAGCGUCUUGCUGCGCGAGAACAUGGCGGCUUCUGAGGAUGACAGGCUUCCUGAGGAGGAGUUGGUGGCGCAGAUAGCGACGUUCAUCGUGGCAGGCGUGGACACAACAUCGAACGCUCUCGCGCGCGCGCUUGAUAUUCUGUCGGUUCGCCCGGAGGCCCAAGAGCGGCUCCGGCGCGAGGUGCUCGAGGCUCGCGAGCACUACGGGCAGGAGAUCCCGUAUAACGAGCUGAGCGCGCUGCCCUACCUGGACGCGGUCUGUCGUGAGACAAUGCGAGUGCACCCUUCGGUCUCGUUCUCGCUGCGAGAAGCCAAGCAAGACACCGUCCUCCCGCUCAGCGAGCCUGUGAACGGCAUCGACCAUAUUGCGGUGCCGAAGGGCAUGACGGUCCUCACGAACAUCGUCGCGUGCAACACGAACAAAGCGCUCUGGGGUGACGACGCGUACGAGUGGAACCCGGACCGGUGGCUCCGUCCGCUCCCAACCGCGGUCGAGGAAGCACGCAUUCCCGGGAUCUACGCGAACUCAUUCUCGUUCGGCGGCGGAGGGUACUCGUGCAUCGGGUUCAAGUUCUCGCAGCUCGAGAUGAAGGUCGUCUUGUCGUCGCUCAUCGCUUCUUUCCGCUUCGAACGCGGCUCAAAGGGGUUCGUUUGGAAUCUCGCGAGCGUGGCCUACCCCACUGCGAGCUUUGGCGACAAGGACCCGGAGAUGUUUCUCAAGGUGACAUGUAUCAACCUCGCGUAG